UGUCGGCGCUAAACCGGAAGCAGGAAGCCAACGAGAGUUUGACAGUUUAUUUACCCGUUAUAUAAAUGUAAACAUUCUAACGUUAGCAUUGCUAUUUGUAAAAAAAAAAAUACAGUAACUUUCGAUUAAAUAUUCUCAGGUGUUGGUAUUUCCCAGUCUACAUCCGACGAGACGCGAGGUUACGACCAACAGCAUUGGCAGUCAUCAUAAGUUAAAACUAAACUAGAUUUAUAUCUAACUUAUCAGUUAGCUAGCUAGCUCAGGGAUUGAUUUACAAUGGAAGAGGUAGUCAUCUGAACGUGUGCUAGCCACAUCACUUUUCUGCUCUGCAAACUGCUCGUUUGUUGCUAUACCAAAUGGUGCGGCUAGCUUGCAAGUCAAGUUGCUCAACGCAUGCUAGUAACAGCAGUACUAGCUAGCUACGUUUUUGUUGCUUGAUGAUGCGACUUUGUUUUCUAGACUCUGAAGACCCGUCCAUCCCGUCUCCAUCCUGCUCCACUAAACCCCAACCCACUGUGUCCCCGGGUCCUGACAGGAACCAUGGUGAUCAGAAAGACAAACCGCAGGGUCAGGAGAGGGUUACUGUGAGUCUGGACAUCAACAGUGAAACACCAACAUUUAAUAUCGUAGUCAAAGAAGAAGAAGACUGGGAACUAGAUAAUACAGGAGAGAGUCCCAUCCAUCACUCUGCAGCCGGGGAGAGUCCCUCUACAUCAGGAGAACCUGAACAACACCAGAUGAAACGCAGAACGAGGCAGAAAAAGACCCACCCAUGCCCAGAUUGUGGGAAACACUGCCAGACAUUAUCGGCACUACAAAUACACAUGAGAACCCACACAGGAGAGAAGCCUUAUACCUGCUCUGAGUGUGGGAAGGGCUUCACUCAUCAAUGUAGUUUGAGAUGCCACCACCAGAAGAAACAUUCUGAACAGAUUAAAACUGACCCGGAUGACAAGAUUGGCUGCUGUUGUGGACAAGAGUUUUCUUCCAAGAAUGUUCUGGAGGUUCACUUGAAGACAAACACUGGAGACAAGCCUUACACCUGCUGUGUGUGUAAGAAGACCUUUACUCAUAAAGCAUUACUGAAAGUACACCAGCGAUCCCACACAGGAGAGAAGCCUUUCUCUUGCUCUCUGUGUGAGAAGACCUUUACUCAUAAAGCAUUACUGAAAGUACACCAGCGAUCCCACACAGGAGAGAAGCCUUUCUCUUGCUCUCUGUGUGAGAAGACCUUUACUCAUAAAGCAUUACUGAAAGUACACCAGCGAUCCCACACAGGAGAGAAGCCUUUCUCUUGCUCUCUGUGUGAGAAGACCUUUACUCAAAAAGGAAAUUUGACAACACACGAGAAGUCGCAUGCCGGAGAGAAACAUCCUUGCUCAGUCUGUGGAAAGAGUUUCACUCAGAAAGGCUAUCUGAAGAUUCAUCAGCGGCUUCACUGUUCUGAAGGGGAGUUGAGUUCCUCUGUAUCAAGAGCACUUGAACACCGACAGAGGAGAGCUAAGGCAACUCACAGAUGCCCAGACUGUGGGAAGGAGUUCCCUCAAACAUAUUACCUGGACAGACACAUGAGAACACACACAGGAGAGAGGCCUUACCAGUGCUCUGUGUGUGGGAUGAGUUUCACGCAGAAAGGAAAUUUAAAAACGCAUCAGAAAGUGCACACAGGAGAUUAUCCCAGCUCCUGGUCCACUGGUGAGGGGAGUCCCUGUACAUCGGGAGAAGCUGAACAACACCAGGAGAACCACGCGGACGUCACAUCUCACGGCUGCCUCGUGUGCGGCGAGGAACACUCUAACCUCCCAGAACUACACAAACACAUGAGAUCUCACUCGGGAGAAAAGUGCCUCGUCUGCCCUGUGUGUGGCAAGACUUACCCCAGAGAAUUUGACUUCAAAGUCCACCUCAGAACACACACAGGAGAGAAACCCCACGAGUGCAUUGAAUGCGGCAAGAGCUUUGUUCGUAAACAAGGGCUCCGACAGCACCAGAGGACACAUGACGCCAAGCCCAUCGGACCGACCCGCCAGUUAGGCAGGCCAAAGCACUUAACCAGGGCUCAAAUGUCCAAGAAAGUGCCUAAGAUGGAGUGAUACGGAGAUGCAGGACUGCCAGUACUAUGACAAUUAGCCGCGACUUUGUCUCUUUAGUAGGUAGGAGUUGUUCUUCUCGCUGAAGCUGUGUCUGUGUUGUCGCCAUCUCUGAUCAGUUAGAUAAUCAUGCUAACUCUCACUCAUCUCAUCAAUCAACAUAUUAUGAUCAACAAAAAGGGGGAAAAAGUGUCCCUUUUUUGGGGGGUCAAUUUUUCAUCAAUGCUGUGAUGGUGCUAAGAAAUCAACCGUGACUUGUAGCCCACUUGUGAAAUGUUCCUCACUGAGAAUAACCAUGUCACGAUUAAUAAAGUAGCAUUCUGGUUAUGGUUCCUGUUUUCUUUCCCUCCAGCUCAGAUGGUGGCAGUAAUGUCCAGGCAGGAGAGGAUCUGAAAGACCCAAGGAAGUAGUAAUGUAGCUAGCUAAGCUAACGUUGGAUAAGCGGUUGUUUACGUUCUCACUUCACUGACCAACGUUAGCUUGCAACUAGCUAGCGUAACCUUUCUUUGAGCUGAACGCAACAAGGAAAGAACAACAUUUUUGUUCUUCGUAGCAAAGCCAGCAACGGUGGAUUAACGCAGGCACAGCGUACUUCUCGAGAUAAUUUCGAGUUCAUUCACAAUACAGGAGGUUAGCUAACGUCACCUAGGUAGCUAACUAGUUGGAGCCAUAGAUAUCCUAUUAAAUUACAAGAGGGGGCUACGCCAUAAACUCUCAAAGUUCCAUAGUGGAGCCAAAAUGGCAGCCAUCUUGGUCAGGGAGAAAUACAAAACCAGUCUAAUUGGUAUGAACGGCAGUAGGUGAUGCAUUUCCUGCUUUUACUGAUGCGGGAAAAUAAAAGUAGGGCAUGUGAUGAAUCAGAAAUUGUGUCAUAAAUUACAUUCAACCUAAAAAUAUUGGUUAUAUAAUUGUAAAUACCUGUUAUACAGGUUUUAUACAAAUGUUCUGUAUAAAUUGUCUAUAAAAUAUAUAUGCGAACAGACCA